AUGAUCUCCAGUGACUCCUUCAAGGUGGACGUGUGUGGCCUGCUGGCAUACUCUUGGUGGUGAGUGUCCUUUUUGGUCCAUCUGUAAUACCGGAGAAUAGUAGUUAGAAUCAAAGUUGAUACCAAAGGUUCGGUUUCCUUGUAUUGCAGCUGCAGAUUCUAUUGUGCUUACAACCAAUAAAGUAUUUGAUGUGUGUGUGUCUGCUCUGAAUGUGAUUAGCAUAACCAGUUGACUUAAAGGGAUACUUUGGGAUUUUGGCAAUGAGGCUGUUUAUCUACUUCCCCAGAGACAGAUGAACUCUUGGAUACCAUUUGUAUGUCUCUGUUGUAAGGGUUGUUUAUGCAAAGACCAGUAGACUGAACUAAGCACCUUUUCUAUCCUCUGAUAUACAGUAAUAUAGAGGCCCCUCACUCCCCUGUCUCUCGCCCUCUCUCUAUUCCAGGUGCCACUACUGUAAGUCCUCUUGUCACGUGUCCUCGCUGCGGAUCCCCUACGCCUGCAAACUGCUAUUCCAGGAGCUGCAGUCCAUGAACAUCGUCCCCCGCCUUAAACUAGCACGCUACAACGAGUAA